AUGGAUAUUGAAGUCACCCAGCACUACAAGUCUUGCGGACUCCAGUACCAGAUCCGAGACUACCCUAAGAAGAAACCGGGCAAAACACUUUCAAGAAUUCCCAAAAGCGUCGGGCUGCUCCGGAGAGGAGGGAAGCGCAGAGCCCUGCAGGUUUGGUUCAGCGCCAGGCUGGACGGGAGCGGCGGGCGGCGCCCCAGGACCUGUGUUCAGUCCCCAGCCAGCGGUGCUGUCUCGCUGAACCAGCAGUCCCUCCCGAGCGCCAGGAUCGCGUCUGGGCCCCGCAUACGUCUCUACUGCAGCCCUCUGAAGGGGCCCGCCUGGCUGUCGCCAGUUCGCAUCCCGGGUGCCUGCCCUCUCCAGGGAGCGUGGGCGCCGCGGCCUGCCUCCCCGGCUCAGAACCAGGCCGGGCGUCCCUUCCCCUCCGGCGUGGGGAAAGCAGGAAAGGGUCGAGAUGCGGGGGAGGGGGUCUGCUCUCUGGGGCCCACGCCGCGAUGCGCCGCCAUAAGCGCUUCCUGCGCCAGCACGCCCUUCUCCCCGCCCCUCUUGCUGCCCGCCGUCGAGGUUCUCCGGGACCUUGGCCAGGAGGCGGCUCCUUCCGCCCCGCCCGCCCGGCUCCACCCCCUCCCGGUCUCCAGGCGACCACAACACGCAGAAGGAACUCUCCUCCUCCCCCCCCCCCAGGGAGCCGCGAAAGGACCUCCGGCGCCGCCAGCAGGCCUCAGGAUGCCUCGCAAGCGCCAGAGGAAGAAGGCGCAGCCAGAUGAGGUGGAGCCCCCUGGCACAGGGACCGGUGCGGAGGAGACCGCGGGUCCCUCGCCGCCGCCGCCGCUGCAGGAGGAGCUGGAGCGCGUCUGCCGGCACCUGGACGGCUUGCGAGGGCGGCGGGCGCAACUGCGGGUGCAGCACGAGUUCUUGGAGCGAGAGGCGCAGGAGCUGCGCGCCCAGAGCCUGGAGUUCAUGGGCUACCUGGCCAAGCGAGCCCAGCGGCGGCAGGGGCUCGCGGUCUCCCUGGGCGAGGAGAGCCAGCGGCGGCUGGGGGAGACCCAGCAGGAGAGCAGGGAGGUCCUGGCCCGCUACCAGGCGCAGGAGGCGGCUUUGCGGGGGCAGCUGCUCGACAAGGAGGCGGAGCUGGGCAGCCUCUGCGCCGAGCUGGACGCGCUGUGCUGGGUUCCAGCGCUGCGGGAGGAGCAGGCGAGCCGCCUCCGGGCGCUGCGGGAGGAGCAGGCGGCGGCCCGGAAGCAGCAAGUGCAGCGCCUGCAGGCGGCCCGCGUAGCCUUCGUGAAGGAGAAGGCGGCCCGCGCGCAAGAGGCGCAGGAGAAGGCGGCGCUCUGGGCGCGGCAGGCGCGCGAAGUGGCCGGCGGGUGCCUGCAGGAGCACAGCCGGGCGGUGCAGCGGCAGAACCGGGCGCUGCGGGAAGAGCUGCUGCAGCUGGUUCAGCGGGCGCGGGAGCUGCAGGCGCACAAGAGCCGGUUGCAGGAACGGCUGCGGCGGCUGCGGCAGCAGCAUGACUACCUGCGCGACUUGGCCCUCCUGCGCCGCGGGCCCGGGGUGGAAGAAGAGGGCCCCGCGGCAGAGGCUGGUUCCCAGGGCCGUCCGGGAAACGCCACGGGCAGAUGCGCUUGCUAGGCAGGGCCGCGCCACCGCCCCACGCUCCUAAGGGCUGCCCCAGCUCUGACCCUCAGCUGUGAGGCUCUGAACUAGCGCACUCCGGAGAGAGAGCAUCACUGCCCAGGUAGGCAGGCAGAGAACAGCCAGAAAUGCCCACUUGGCAAGUUCUUGGCUUUGGCCAGCGACCAUCUCCCGCACCCUUCGGAGGAGCAGGCCUAGGCAGCCUUGAAGGAGGAGGCUGAGAUCCUCCAAGGAGAUGGAGGAGCCUCAAACAGACUGCUGGAGAUUUACCCAGCUCCCAGAGGGCUUGCCAGUGGAAUGGGCUCAUUCCUGAAGAAGGGGUUCAUUGGGAGUGGGCAAGAGCAACUCCUGUUUUGUUCUUCUGCUUAUGUUCCAGAACGAAGGACGAGUUAGGGUCCUCCAGGUGGCUAGGCUUGACUACCUUUACUUGUGAUGCUCUGAGAGGAGACAUCCCUUUGUCUUUGCUCUCUCUCCUGAGCCAUGAAGGCAACUCCCAUUUCUGGGUGAUGUGCCUCCAACUUAGCUAGUUAGUUAGAACUAGGUAUGCCUUUCCU